UUCCCCUAAAGGAAAACAAGGAUUGGAUAGAGUCGAGACAGAAAGGCCACGACGCAACGCGACGCAACGCAAAUGAAAAACAACGGCCAAAGGCAAAGAGAAAGAAAGGACGAGUCCACUUUCUGCUUAUUCCUCUUUCUCCGCUAAUCAUACACUCAUCACUUCCCAAGCUUUUACUUGACGCUCUCUUCUUCUAGCUUUGUCUCCCUCUGCUGAAUCUUAAAGAAACAGCCAUCGAAUAAAAUCAAAUCGCCAUGAUUUCACUUCUCCUUCUCCUUGUCAAAACCCUCACUCUUUUCAACUCGUAAACCCGUCAGCCCAACCAAAUUUAUACCCUGCAAGUACAAAGAAGAAAAACCCAUUUCCAUUUAGAUUCAAUUCCGCCAUGUACUUAUCGGAGAAGCCCCGCCCAAUAGACUUAUACAAAGAGGAAGGUCCUGCCACCGCCCGGGACAUGAUCAUCGAGGUCACCACCAACGGGGAUUUACCACCUCAUCACCACCCUCCUCCUCUCCAACAACAGCAACAGCAAAUGAUCCUUGGUGACAGCAGCGGCGAAGACCCAGAAGUCAAAGCCCCCAAGAAACGAGCUGAGACCUGGGUCCAAGACGAAACCCGAAGCCUUAUCAGCUUCCGAAGGGAAAUGGACGGCCUUUUCAACACAUCCAAAUCGAACAAGCACUUGUGGGAGCAGAUAUCGGCUAAGAUGAGAGAGAAAGGGUUCGAUCGAUCGCCGACUAUGUGUACAGACAAGUGGAGGAACCUGUUGAAGGAGUUUAAGAAAGCUAAGCAUCAAGAUAGAGGGAGUGGGUCAGCUAAGAUGUCUUACUAUAAAGAAAUUGAAGAGAUUUUAAGGGAGAGGACAAAGAAUGCGUAUAAGAGCCCAACUCCUCCCCCGAAGGUGGAUUCCUUUAUGCAUUUCGCUGAUAAGGGUUUUGAGGAUACUGGCAUAUCAUUUGGUCCUGUUGAAGCAAGCGGCAGGCCAACACUUAAUCUUGAAAGACGUUUAGAUCAUGAUGGGCAUCCGCUUGCUAUCACCGCAGCUGAUGCAGUUGCAGCCAGUGGAGUUCCUCCUUGGAAUUGGAGAGAGACCCCUGGAAAUGGUGGGGACUGUCAAUCAUAUGGGGGAAGGGUUAUAACUGUCAAGUUUGGGGACUACACCAGAAGGAUCGGUAUAGAUGGUACUGCAGAUGCCAUCAGAGAGGCAAUUAAAUCUGCUUUUAGAUUGAGAACUAGGCGUGCAUUUUGGUUGGAGGAUGAAGACCAUAUAGUUCGUAGUCUUGACAGGGAAAUGCCUCUAGGGAUUUAUACUCUCCACCUUGAUGAAGGUUUGGCCAUAAAAGUGUGCCUCUAUGAUGAGUCAGAACAUAUACCAGUCCACACAGAGGAGAAGAUUUUUUACACAGAAGAUGAUUACCGUGAAUAUCUGGCCCGCAGGGGCUACACAGGUCUCAGGGAGAUUGAUGGGUACAGAAACGUUGAUAAUAUGGAUGACCUUCGAACUAAUGCUAUAUAUCGAGGUGUGAGCUGAAAGCUGGCACAUCUUGCUUGCAAAAAUGCAGUGCUCUCGAGAGGCUAUAAUAAAGAUGCCUAGUCUUGACAUAAGUGUGCACGUGACAUUCUGAUAUUUGCUUCUGGUGCUUAUGAAGAUUGUGAUUAUGUUCCAGUUAGGGCAUACUAAUCCUGAACCCUAUAACUGAGCUGUUUAUAGCAUGUUGUAUAAUGUUUCUUCUUAGGCCACGAAUCAAUACAGUUUCUUUUAAUGUUGCCAUGACGCCCCUGCUUGUAAAUACAGAUAAAAACAAUGUAUUUCUAGUUUUUCAAUGUUGCCAAUUCUACAGCA